GAAGCCCGGCCCCCAUCUGCUCCUUCAGACCCCAUGGUGUCUCAGCUCCUCUGGGGAAUCCAUUGGUUUUCCACAUAGUAAGUGGUGCUCUCUAGUCUUUCUCAGGCUCUGCACCCUGCUCAGAGCCCAAGAAACAAAAGCCGCCCAACAUCCCCCGUGUUUGCGGACUGUUUGGGCGCGUCCCUUAGUGUAUCCUGGGAAUGCGUCCGCGUUGUCAUGGCGACGCUCUGAGUAGGUUCCUGCGCGCAGCCGAAUCCCGCCCCGGAACUAUCAUCUGCAGGGAAAUGACCUUUGACUCCAGGAGAAGAUGGCAGUCCUGAAACCGGCCAUGCAGGAACUAAAGAGUGCAGACGAGCCCAUUGACAAAGUGUCACCCAUCCUCUUGAAGAGCCUGGUGGAGGAGCCCAAGAAAAGAGCAGAAGUGCCUAACCAUCUCCUGGAGUCCAAGGUUUAUGCCAAACUUCUGAACAAUCAGGCCAUCCAGGCCAGACCGGGCAUAGUCCACUUUGGAGGCUACGAGAUAGAGAAGCAGCACCAACAGAUCCUGUACAUUGCCAAUAUUUCCGAUGAAGAUACACACCUUCAUAUUUUACCGCCGCAGACCAAAUACUUCAGGAUCGCGUAUGAGAAGAAGGAGCAUCACCUCAUCCCAGGCUUGUCCCUCAUGGUCACUGUUACAUUUUCUCCCGAUGAGUGGCGUUACUAUUACGACUGCAUCCGCAUUCACUGUAAGGGAGAUGACACCUUGCUUGUUCCCAUUCAUGCCUACCCUGUCUUGAAUAAACUGGACUUCCCCACGUUUAUAAAUCUAUCAGAUGUCCUCCUUGGAGAGAGCAAAAGUUGUGUGAUCCCCUUGCAGUGCAGCUGCCCCGUGGAUUUCGAGUUCCAUAUCACUUUGCUGCGGUCUCAUCCGGCCUUUACAAUUGAGCCAAAGUCAGGAAUAAUUCCAGCUAACGGGAAGACGAAGGUAACUGUGAAGUUCACGCCCAUCCAGUACGGGAUGGCACAAAUAAAAAUUCAGCUGUGGAUCUCGCAGUUCAACUCCCAGCCGUACGAGUGUGUCUUCACUGGAAGCUGCCACCCCAACAUGGCCUUACCAUUAGAAGAGUUCAAAAGAUUAAAUACUCGUUCUAUGAAAGUAAAUGUUCCUCCAGAAAAAUCAACGUAUAUACAAUUUUACCCAACUUCCACAAAGGCAAGGCCUCAGAAGAUGAAGGAAAUCGAAUACCAAGACCUGCGGUUUCCAACAGAUCUGUCGAAUCCAUUCGCCGUGGCAACUGUCCUCAACCAAGAACCAGGAAAGUUGAAGAUUAAGGAAUUAAAACAAGUCCUGGACCAGGGUGAUGAAAUCUCCAAAACCAGACAGAUGAAGGAGGCACUCUUCGAACAGAAAGUCAGACAGAACAUCCUGGAGGAGAGCGAGAACAAUCUUAAGUGGCAGGUGCACCUUGGCAAAGAUCACACAUCUUUUAGGUAUAGAAAGGAGCACUGUGAGGAGCAGCAGAGAGCACAUGAGAAGUACAAGCAAGCCCGGGGUGACCCUGUGUUAGAGGAGGAGCUUCAGAGACUCCAGACUGAACGGAUCAAUAAGCGGAUCGUCCGUGACCUGGAGGAUAAAAUCCAGGAAUUUCAUCCUAACUUUGAUCCACUUGUUAAUAACAUGUGGCUCACCAGAUUCCGGGCACAACGACGGUUCCAGCAAGUAGCGCGCAAGGUCAUGCGUGAACUAAGGUUGUUCACUAUGCUGACGGCUAUCCGUGGUAUGGACAAAGAAGACAUAAUGAGAAAGAUUGUCAAAGUCAAGGGAACACUGAUACAAGGUGAGAAUCCCUACCGAUCCCUGAGGGCCCUAAUGAGUCAAGAUGAGUAUCCCUGGCGCUACUCUCUACGCCCUGAGGAUGUGCUGUCCUUCGCCUUCCCUUCGGACUCUCAGAGCUACAAUGAGCUGGCUAUUGAUAGCCUUGGACCAGUCCCAAUUAAAAAUUCAGAUGUUCAAAUCAAGCACAAUUAUCCCUACUUCACUUUAAAGGUUCCUCAGAUAUACAAAGUCAAGGGAUAUGAGCCAUUUUCUGUCAACAAGUCCUCAACAAAUUACAGACUUCAGAAACUGGCUCGACCUCUGAAACAAGGUGCUGAGGAUGAAGUCACCACCAUCAUCGCUCUACCCAAGCAAGGCACCACACCGCUCUCAGCUAAGCCUUCCAUCUUGAGUAUGAAGGCUCCGGAGGGCUUAGCCAUGUCUGUGGAAUAUGACCCGCUGUAUAUUUUCAAUCCCAACCCAGGAAUGUUUUCCGUGAAGCAUCCUCUGACCUAUGCAGAAACGCUGAUAGAUUACCAUCUGUGUUCUCACCCCAAGUACAAGUUCACUCAUGAGUCCCACAGAGGAUCCAGCAUUCCUCUCACCCAAAAGCAGUUUCUCCAUCAUACGGAUAUAAUUCCUGGAAUCAUGAACUGGAAGAGGUUCCAGCCACUGGUGUUCUCCUCCUUGUCUGACUCUUCUAGGACGGAAAACACUGUGAGGAGACUGCCAGGCGCCUCUCUUUAUGUGCGGUGGCUUGGUAAGCUGUUGCUGUUGAAAGUCCAAGGCUUGACGCUGUCGCUGCCGUUACUGCCCUUGGACGCAUUUCACUUUGAUGUGCUGAAACACAAGCAGUCAGUGGCGCAGUUUAACCAGCCAGCAAGAGGUCACAGGUCGGCCAAUAACAGCCCACGAACAAACCUGGCCUGCACCUGCUCCCAAAUGCUCUGCCCUCCAUCCUGUGUUUAUGCUGAGAAAGAGGAACUGUUCCCACUCAACGUCUUAUUCCUUUCCAGAGACCUCUGUGAGCAGAGCAUAGAAAUCAUGCUGACUCCAGAAAUGAUCCGAGUGGAGUUUCCCAUGCUCAACCAAGAAGCCAAGAAGGAGAAGGAUGUCAGAGAUGCCCAGCCUCCAGAGAAGGUGGGAGAAAAGGUGCUGGAGGAAAUGAAGAAUCUUCGGAUCAAAGCUCUCAACACAUACUUGAUUCUAGACUAAACAUCACCGUUGUGUCCAUUAGCCCUCUUUCCCUCCAAAGCCACUGAGGUCCUCUGAAUUCAUUUACAUUCAAGCCAUUUUUAGAAUUAAAGUUUCUAGAGACAGGAAUUGAAAUGUGGAUGCCUUAUUUUUAAAUUAUAAUUUUUCUUGCUGGAAAUAAAAAUAUGUCAUUGCUAUGAUGGCAACACUGA